AUGGCACCGCCGGCCAUGGCGUUCCAGGCACUGACCUUCUCCCCGCUCCCGCUCCACCUCCCCACAACGCGCCGCCGCGUCCGCGCGCUCGCCGUGACCGCGGACCAGCCCCCGCAGGCCUCCCCCUCCGAGCCGGCCAACAGCCCGAGCCGGCUCCUCCGGGAACUCGCGGAGCGGAAGAAGUACGUAUCCCCGAAGAAAAAGCACCCGCCACGCCGGUUCAUCCUCAAACCCCCCCUCGACGACGAGCGCCUCACCCAGCGCUUCCUCAACAGCCCGCAGCUCUCCCUCAAGUCCCUGCCGCUCCUCUCCUCCUGCCUGCCCUCCGCGCCGCUCUCCGCCGCCGACCGCGCCUGGAUGGACGAGUACCUCCUCGAGGCCAAGCAGGCGCUCGGCUACCCGCUCGCCCCCUCCGAGGCGCUCGGCGACGGCGACGACUGCCCCGCGCGCCACUUCGAUGCCCUCCUCUACCUCGCCUUCCAGCACCUCGACCCGUCCAGCGAGCGCACGCGGACGCGGCAUGUGCGGAACGGGCACUCCAGGCUCUGGUUCCUGGGCCAGUUCGUGCUGGAGCUCGCCUUCUCCGAGUUCUUCUUGCAGAGGUACCCCAGGGAAUCACCUGGCCCGAUGCGAGAGCGGGUGUUCGCGCUCAUCGGGAAGAGGAUGCUGCCCAGAUGGAUCAAGGCCGCCAGCCUGCAUAAUUUGGUGUUUCCUUAUGACGAUUUGGAUAGGAUGAUACGCAAGGACCGGGAACCGCCCACCAAGGCUGUAUUCUGGGCACUAUUUGGAGCUAUAUAUCUGUGCUUUGGAAUGCCUGAAGUCUAUCGUGUUCUUUUUGAGGCGUUCGGUAUGGACCCUGAAGAAGAGAGCUGUCAGCCAAAACUGCGCCGUCAACUAGAAGAUGUUGACUAUGUUUCGGUGGAGUUUGAAAAGAGACAACUCACGUGGCAAGAUGUUGCUGCCUAUCGGCCACCAGAAGAUGCUCUUUUUGCUCAUCCUAGGCUUUUCCGAGCAUGUGUGCCACCAGGCAUGCAUCGUUUCAGAGGAAACAUUUGGGACUUCGAUAAUAGACCCAAAGUCAUGAAUAUCUUAGGAUACCCCUUGCCUAAGAAUGAUAAAAUUCCAGAAAUCACAGAAGCAAGGAACAUAGAACUUGGACUUGGUCUUCAGUUGUGCUUCAUGCAUCCUUCGAAGUAUAAGUUCGAGCAUCCAAGAUUUUGUUUCGAGCGCCUGGAAUAUGUUGGACAGAAGAUUCAGGAUCUAGUAUUGGCAGAGAGGCUGCUCAUGAAGCAUCUCGACGCACCCGGCAGGUGGUUGGCAGAGAAGCAUAGGAGGUUGUUGAUGAACAAGUACUGCGGACGGUACUUGCGGGACAAACACCUUCACCACUACAUUAUAUAUGGGGAGACUGUACAGGACAGAUUCGAACACAACCGCCGGCUAAGAAAUCCUUCCACGACAGCUGUCCAGCAAGCAAUACAUGGGCUCUCGUACUGCGUCUAUGGCAAGCCUGAUGUCCGGCGAUUAAUGUUUGAGGUGUUUGACUUCGAACAGGUCCAGCCAAAAGCCGUAUGAGGAUGUGCUUCAUCAAGUUGUGCUGAAUUGCUAGCAGGUGAGAUUCCCAGCUUGAGAAGAUGCAGGGUCGUCAACACCCAAGCGCAGAUUGUACUGUUCGGAAGUCUGGAACCAGAGUAGGACUGCAGAUUGAAACACCACACAUACAGUCACUUCUGUAACCCACAACUCGUGCAACCUCUCUUGUCUACUAGAUAGGCAGCUGGAUUAGAAAUGGUGUAAAAUUGAGCCCUGUAAUCUUUCCAAGUUAUAGUUUUGACAAUUGGCUAGAAAUUCCAUUUGAGCCGGAACACAAACAGCCGUAGUAGCAGCUGCAGCAAAGAUUAUAGAGUUAUAUGUGAGGCUCUGUAGUGGAAAAUGUCAACGCAACCUGUACUGCUAACGUGUUGUGUCAUCUGUUUAUGAGUGCAUAACUUAAUCUUC